AUGUCGCAGCCCCUGGGCACAGAUAUUUCCAGGGGGGCCCCGCCAUUAUGGGCAGCAUCGGCGGCUGGCCAUUUGAAGGUGGUUCAGUGUCUGUUAGAUCAUGGUGCAUCUGUGAACAAUACAACUCUGACAAAUUCAACGCCGCUUAGAGCUGCCUGUUUUGAUGGUCACCUGGAAAUAGUAAAAUACCUUGUGGAGCACAAAGCAGACCUGGAAGUAUCAAACCGUCAUGGGCAUACGUGCUUAAUGAUCUCAUGUUACAAAGGCCACAAAGAAAUUGCGCAGUAUUUACUUGAAAAAGGAGCUGAUGUUAAUAGAAAAAGUGUUAAAGGAAACACCGCAUUACAUGACUGUGCGGAAUCUGGAAGUCUGGAGAUCAUGAAGAUGCUUCUCAAGUAUUGUGCUAAAAUGGAAAAAGAUGGUUAUGGAAUGACUCCUCUUCUGUCAGCUAGUGUGACAGGCCACACAAAUAUCGUGGACUUUCUGACCCAGCAUGUACAGACCAGUAAGGCUGAGCGCAUAAAUGCUCUGGAACUUCUAGGAGCAACAUUCGUGGACAAAAAGAGAGAUCUGCUUGGUGCUUUGAAAUACUGGAAGCGAGCUAUGGAAAUGAGAUACAGUGAUAGGACUAAUAUCCUGAGCAAACCUGUGCCACAAACACUAAUUAUGGCGUAUGAUUAUGCUAAAGAGGUAAACAGCUCAGAAGAGCUAGAAAAUCUUAUUGCAGACCCUGAUGAAAUGAGAAUGCAAGCACUAUUAAUUAGAGAACGUAUUCUUGGCCCGUCUCACCCAGAUACAUCCUACUAUAUUAGGUACAGAGGUGCUGUCUAUGCAGACUCUGGAAACUUCAAGCGUUGCAUCAACUUAUGGAAAUAUGCCUUGGACAUGCAGCAGAGCAAUCUUGAUCCGCUGAGCCCUAUGACAGCCAGCAGUUUAUUGUCAUUUGCUGAACUUUUCUCCUUCAUGCUGCAGGACAGGGCAAAAGGCCUGCUAGGCACUACUGUCACAUUUGAUGAUCUCAUGGGUAUACUGUGCAAAAGUGUUCUUGAAAUAGAACGGGCCAUGAAACAAACCCAGUGUCCUCCUGAUCCAAUACAGCUGAACAAAGCCCUUUCCAUCAUUUUGCAUUUAAUUUGCUUGUUGGAGAAAGUACCUUGCAGCUCAGAACAGGAGCAUUUUAAGAAACAGACUAUUUACAAGUUUCUUAAGCUUCAGCCUAGAGGGAAGAAUAACUUCAGUCCACUUCACCUUGCUGUUGACAAUAAUACUACAUGUGUGGGUCGCUACCCAGUUUGUAAAUUCCCCUCUCUACAAGUUACUGCUAUCCUGGUGGAAUGUGGUGCUGAUGUAAAUGUCAGAGACUCUGAUAACAACAGUCCGUUACACAUUGCUGCACUGAACAACCAUCCAGACAUCAUGAAUCUUCUUAUCAAGUCAGGUUCACACUUUGAUGCCACAAACUCGCAUAAACAAACUGCUAGUGAUUUGCUGGAUGAGAAGGAAAUAGCAAAAAAUUUAAUCCAGCCCAUAAAUCAUACUACGUUGCAGUGUCUUGCUGCUCGUGUAAUAGUAAAUCAUAAGAUAUACUACACAGGGCACAUCCCUGAAAAACUAGAGAACUUUGUUUUGCUCCAUAGAUGAUAGUGUGGAGUCCCAGAGUACUGUUUUUGAAGCACGACUUGGUGACGAUAUUUUCCUUGAGCACUGUUGUGAUACACCAGCGUUCCCUUAGCUUGCUCCAUCUUGCUCUCAUUGGCUAAAGUGUUGUUAGCAUCAGGUCUGCAGAGUUGGUUAUCCAGUAUUUAAUAUGAAUAUGCCAUAUAAUAUAUUUUGUGGAUUAUUUAGAAAUGUAAUGCCAUAUUUAGACUCUUAAAAUUGUCUGCCAAAGGCUUGUCUGUUCUGGUCUUAUUUGCCUGUUGGGUGUUUGGGACUGAGUUGAGUAUUUUCCACUGAUGUCUUUUUACUAUAACUGUUAUGUGGAUUUUAUACCGUUGGAAGGUCAUCUUUUUUUUGGUUUUGCUUGAGCAUUUCUACUCUUCCUCUAUUCUUUUUCUAUGGACUCAUUGCUAAACUGUAGAAGUUGUAUGGACUUGUUAACAUUUGCAACUACC